CGAACCACCUACACCACUUCCAUUGUCGCUUUCCAUCUCAUAUCUUACUUCUCUUACUCUUACUUCUUACUCUUUUCUCAAACUCGUAUUCGCUUUGGACGACAAACCUCACGCUCUUUGACAGACAUUCUCUCAUAACUUAACUCCUACUUCCUCAACACACCAUCGACCAUCGACCAUCAACCAUCAACAAUCAACAAUCAUCUAACCUCGAAAACUCGAGUGUCGACGACGACAACACCGCUACAGGUCGAGACGAUCAUAUACGAGUAUAGCUCGUCCCUAUACUUCAAAGUUACUAUUGAACAUACUUGUAUUUAGUGAUUCCUGAAGCAAAGGUGAAAAACAUGUUGAGUAUCGUUGUUGUUCUCGCGCUGAUUCAUUCCGUAUUAGCCGUCGACGGAUGUACCCGUACCGCCGUCGUUCAGGCUGGUGACACUUGCGAUUCCAUCUCCCGACAAUAUGGAGUAUCGACAUUCCAACUUGCCCUAGUCAACGAGGCAUCUAUCGAUGAGAAUUGCGAUAAUUUGAACCCUGGUGACACUGUAUGUUUGGGUGUCGAAGGUGUGGAUUGUACAAAAGUGUAUACUGUCGUGGAAGACGACACUUGCGACGGACUCAUCGGCACCUAUGGCAUGUCAAACGAUACGCUUUACUCGAACAACCCUCAAAUUGACGCACCUUGCGAUAACAUUUACGUCGGAGAAGUACUUUGCGUCGAUACUAACGCAUUCUCUUAUCCUACAUACAACGACACUUUGUACCAGGUCCUCGCUUGGACUUACGUGCCACUCUGCCCGGAGUAAACCCUACUCUCUAUCCAACGGGAGAUAAUCCACUCGCACACUUUGAACGCUCUGGAUGAGCUAUGAUGUCUUUGUCUCGCUGUACGAAUGAGUGUCUUGACGCUAUUUUAGGAACAUUUGAUAAGAAAAAAGAGGCUUUGUGCGCUGGUAGCUUCAGAGAUGAAACGAUGAAUUUGUUCACAUUGU